UUUCUUCAUUUUGAACACUCAGGGAGAAUUCAUGAUAAAGUGAAGUGACACAUUCGAUUCGUAGGUGUGGUUUUUUCAUCAAAAAACCCAAUCAAAUUCGCAUUUAAAACCGUAAAUCUAAUUGAAAAACGAAUCUAGAAAUAUUCCACAAUGUCCGGACCAUUGCCUGCUUGCGUUAUCGAUGUUGGUACCGGGUACACAAAACUUGGAUUCGCCGGCAAUCGGGAGCCCCAAUUCAUCAUACCAUCGGCUAUUGCCAUCAAAGAAUCAGCCAAAGUUGGAGAUCAGAGUACGCGUCGUAUGACAAAGGGAGUCGAGGAUUUGGACUUUUUUAUUGGUGAUGAAGCAUUCGAUGCAUCCGGCUAUUCGGUAAAGUAUCCGGUUCGUCAUGGUUUGGUCGAGGAUUGGGAUUUAAUGGAACGUUUUCUGGAACAAUGCAUUUUCAAAUAUCUCCGGGCCGAGCCGGAAGAUCAUCAUUUCCUAUUGACGGAACCGCCGCUAAACACACCGGAAAAUCGUGAAUACACAGCGGAGAUUAUGUUUGAAACAUUCAAUGUUCCUGGAUUGUACAUUGCUGUUCAAGCUGUGUUGGCUUUAGCUGCAAGUUGGACCACAAAAUCGGUAGAGGGAAGAACCUUAACUGGAAUUGUUGUGGACAGUGGCGACGGUGUUACUCAUGUUAUUCCUGUUGCUGAGGGCUAUGUUAUCGGGUCGUGCAUUAAACACAUACCAAUUGCUGGUCGUAACAUUACGUCAUUCAUUCAGAGUUUAUUGAGAGAACGAGAGGUUGGUAUUCCACCGGAACAAAGCUUGGAAACAGCCAAAGCGAUCAAAGAACGCUACAGUUACAUUUGCCCGGACAUAGCAAAAGAAUUCGCUAAAUUUGAUUCGGACUUUGCAAAAUGUAUGCGUCAAUAUGAAGGUAUCAAUGCUGUGACGAAGCAACCCUUCAAAGUGGACGUUGGCUACGAGCGAUUCUUGGGACCGGAAAUAUUCUUCCAUCCCGAAUUCAGUAAUCCCGAUUUUACAACACCAAUCAGCGAAAUCGUUGACAAUGUCAUACAGAAUUGUCCCAUCGAUGUGAGACGUCCGCUAUACAACAAUAUUGUACUAAGUGGCGGUUCUACGAUGUUCAAAGAUUUCGGACGUCGUUUACAACGUGAUAUCAAACGAUCAGUUGAUGCAAGACUGAAGAUCAGUGAGAAUUUGAGCGAAGGCCGGAUUAAGCCCAAGCCAAUUGACAUUCAAGUCAUUUCACAUCAUAUGCAACGGUAUGCUGUAUGGUUUGGCGGAAGUAUGUUGGCAUCACAGCCGGAGUUCUAUCAAGUGUGUCACACGAAAGCUGCAUACGAGGAAUUCGGUCCCGGAAUAUGCCGUUACAAUCAAGUAUUCGGAGCUAUGACAUAAUUUUGGCAAAGUUCCACACAAACAUUCCUACUUAACUAAACAAAAAAGGUGAAUUAUCGGACCUCUCAGAUGUUAUUUUCAUUUCUUUACUUUUUCUUUGUAAAACGAUUUUUUUUAGCGCCGUAAUGUUCUCCCUAUCCGAUUUUUAUUCGAUAAAUUAAAAUUUUCUAUUGAAAUAUAAACGCAAAUUUCAUUUAAUUGCAAUUGAAAAUGUUUCACACUUUUUCAAUUGACUUUUUUAUUUAUUUGCAAUGAACAAUAAAUUUAUUUUGUGAUUGAAAAGAGUUUCGUUUUUUUUUGUAACCGGAAUUUUAUCGUUAAUCGAUUGAAGACAAAAACAAAAAUUUUGAUUUCGCAAUUCGUUAUCGGUGUGACGAAGUUUGGCUUCGACAUUGAUAACAUGAAAAAUCAAUUUCUUUGUUCUGUUUUUAAGCCGAAUCGGAAUUCGUUUUUGUAUUUUCUUCUUUUUUUAAUUUU